GCUUCACUGUCACGUGCUCUUCGUAAAAAGGUUAUCUCCUUGCCACUUCCAUGGCGUUGGAGAAGUUAACAUUGACUCCGGCGCCCAAUCCCGUUGACGGCGAAGCCGCCGCUAACGGUGGCGUGGAGGAAACCCGUCUGGCUUCCGGUGACGGUGGGGAGGACGUGGGUAAGACCCCAAGGCUCCCUAGAUGGACGAGACAGGAGAUACUAGUGCUAAUUCAGGGGAAGAGAGUGGCGGAGAAUCGGGUCAGGCGGGGUCGAGCUGCCGGACUGGCUUUUGGGUCCGUUCAGGUGGAACCCAAAUGGGCAUCUGUGUCGUCGUACUGCAAAAGGCACGGGGUGAACCGGGGCCCGGUUCAGUGCCGGAAAAGGUGGAGCAAUUUGGCCGGAGACUUUAAGAAAAUCAAGGAAUGGGAGAGUAACAUAAGGGAGGAAGCGGAAUCCUUUUGGGUGAUGCGGAACGAUUUGAGGAGGGAGAGGAAGUUGCCUGGGUUUUUUGACAAGGAAGUUUAUGAUAUUCUAGACGGCGGCGGCGGCUCUGGGGUUUCUCCUUCAUCCGGGCCGCCGGGAUUAACUUUGGCUCUUACUUCUGCUCCUACCACUACGUCGGAGGAUACAGAAGCAGUUUUUGACAGCGGCAGGAGCGCUGCGGCGGAUGAUGGCUUGUUUUCAGACUUUGAGCAGGAUGAAGCUGCUGGGAGCCCAGAAAAGGUGGAGCCGGCGGCAGGAAACACGUUUCCCUCUCCCAUACCCAUUUCAGAGAAGCAGUAUCAACCAGCUUUCGUAGGGGGUCAGAGUCAAGGUACACCAAAAGAGAAAAACCCGACCUCAAAUCCUGAGAUAGGUUCUACUUCUCAAGAAGGAAGGAAGAGGAAAAGGUUUUCCACAGAGGUGGAUGAUGAAAUGAACAGCCUGCAGUAUCAGUUGGUUGAAGUCUUGGAGAGGAACGGGAAAAUGCUGAGUGCUCAACUUGAAGUUCAAAAUGCCAACUGUCAGUUAGACAGGGAGCAGCGCAAAGUCCACACCGAUAGUUUAGUUGCUGUUCUUAAUAAGCUGGCAGAUGCUCUAGGAAGAAUUGCCGAUAAGUUAUAGCAAACAGUGGCCAGAAGACAUUGUACAUAACAAGCUCUCGCCCAGUAUGAUAGAUGUUAGUUGAGGCUGAAGCAUUGGUUGGAUUAUAUCUUUUAUAGGAAGAAGACUUUUACAUACUUUUUCACUUUUCUUAUUCUUAUUUACUUUCUACCAUUAUAGGUCCAUACAGUGACAAUAUGUUUUUAGGAUUUUUAAGGCCAUUCCAUCUAUAUACCACAUCUCUGCUCUCUCUUAUUCUGUUAUACAUCUUUUUCCCUGUAGGGUUUUAUGGAUUUUUUCCCUUUUACAUUUUGGAACCUUUAUGUGAUUGUACAGGCUAUUGAUUUACAGAGCAACGUAAGUUGAGAGUCUGCUUGGAAUUGCCGUUUGGUGUGGCUGUUUAUGUAUUGUAUUGUAGCCAUAGCUAUGUUAGUGCUUUUAUGUUUUUAUUUGCCCGGUAAAGCUAUGUUAA